GUCACGUGACAUCGUUUGAUGUCGCACUCCUAAUGUUCUCCCCUGAGCUUGGAUUCACGUAUAUUUGGUGAUUAAUUAAGAAGAGAAGGGUCAGUUCUCCUAAGCCACAAACACAGCUUGAGAUGAACGCCUCGACGGAAUUUCCGGCUGAUCAUGAGCCUCUUGUUGAGACGCUCGCAGAACUCAAUCUCCGGUUUGCGAACGCCCUACUUCCGCUGGCUGCCAUACUAGCACUGUUCUGUUUGCUCGGAAUAAUUGGAAAUACUAUCGUUAUCGUCGUAUUUUCUUUCAGCCCUGAAUACAGAGGAACAAAUUUCAAAACAUUUGUGAUCUGCCUCGGCAUAACCGAUUUGCUGUCAUGCGUCACGUUAAUGCCGGCUGAAAUCAUCAAAACGCGCAAUUAUUUUUGGUUCCCGAGCCCAGUCACUUGUAAAGUGAAGUGCUUCUUCAAUGUUUUUGCAAUGACAUCAGCGGCACUCGUGCUGUUAGUUAUUUGCAUCGACCGCUAUAGGAAGGUUUGUCAGCCAUUGAAGAAACAAAUAUGGCCUGGUUUGGCUGUCAAAAUCCUCGUGGCCGUGCUGACGUUUUCGUUUAUGGUUUCGUUACCGGCGCCGGUGAUGUGUGGGAUCCAGCAGUCCAACAAAACUAACAUCUACGGAACUAACACUACGGUGUUCGUCUGCUCCGCAGAGGAGCAGUAUCAGCGGCACACCGGACGCUUCGUGUACAAGUUCGGCAUGUCGGCGCUGCUCGUUAUCGUGUCCAUCGCCUUCAUCGUCAUGUACGUGUUCAUAAUAAAGACCGUGGUAAGGCACUGGGGUCGCGGGCCGGGAGAGAGCGUGCGCUUCGAAGUCCGUGAGACGCGUUCACCGGAAGUGUCAGAGGCAGAGCGAAUUAGCCCCGACAACCAGGAUGACGUGUUCAAAGCAAACCCGGUGGAAUAUCCGGGCAAAGACACAAACAGGGUUUCUAUCAAAAUAACGGACAAACGGGCUGUGUCAAGGAAAGAGAGCGACCUUUCCAACUCCAGCAGCGCAAAUAAGACCAGAGUAGAGGCAAAAUGUAGCAUUGCCUCCAGUAAUUUGUCAUACAAAUACAGGUACAAAGCCUUCCGGAGCUUCAGCAGUUCUUCAAGCGCCAGCCGGCGCCGAUCAUCCUCGGGGAUGUCCGGGAAAAUUCCGUACAAGACGCUGAUCUGGUUCAUCCUGACGCUUAUCUUCCUCGUGACAUUCUGUAUCAACGCAGGCUUGUCGUUUCUUUCCACAAGAGAGCAUCUAUUCGAACCAGUCUCGAUCCUAUGGUUCCAAAUAUUUCUGCGACUGUAUUUCAUAAACAAUAUCAUUAAUCCGGUUAUCUAUGCCGCUCUUGAUAAGCGCUUUAAGUCUUCCUCCAAAUACUUGUUCCAAAAAAUGAAAAGCAAGAUUUGCAAAUGUUGAUUAAAGCACUCAGAAUGGUUUAUAUACAGCCAGUAAGAUGAAUUAUUGAUAUCAGUAUUUUAUAAAAUAUACUUUCUGUAAUAAUCUUUAAA